AUGCGCAAGCGCGGUCCGGGACGGGCGGGUCGCGGGUUCAGGUGGAGCGCGGUGACCGCCGGCGACCGCGGCUGCAGUUGCCACGCUUUGGAGGCUUCGGCCGCCGCUCGAGCCCGCCCGUCGCCUUGGCCCCCUUGUGGACUGCGUGCCGGCCCCACCACCUGGGCCCACUGGCCAGCCGCUACUUCUGGCGCCCAGGCCGCCGCAGUGACCCCGCCCCCGGGCCGAGGAUGUGAGGCGGGCCGGGCGUCCCCGCACCAGGCCCGGGCGCCAGCAGUGGGCGUCUGGGCCGUGCCGGGCGAUGGCCCUGCUGCCGGUGCCCCUCGCCUUCAGGGCCCGGGGCCAGUGAGGCUGCCGGCGGGUGUGGGCGAGCGGCCCUGUCGCGGCGCGGGCGCCAUGGAGGGCGUGCUGUAUAAGUGGACCAACUAUCUGAGCGGUUGGCAGCCUCGAUGGUUCCUUCUCUGUGGGGGAAUAUUAUCCUAUUAUGAUUCUCCUGAAGAUGCCUGGAAAGGUUGCAAAGGGAGUAUCCAAAUGGCAGUCUGUGAAAUUCAAGUUCAUUCUGUAGAUAAUACCCGCAUGGACCUGAUAAUACCUGGGGAACAGUAUUUCUACUUGAAGGCCAGAAGUGUAGCUGAGAGACAGCGGUGGCUGGUGGCCCUGGGGUCAGCCAAGGCUUGCCUGACAGACAGUAGGACCCAGAAGGAGAAAGAAUUUGCUGAGAAUACUGAAAACUUGAAAACAAAAAUGUCGGAACUAAGACUCUACUGUGACCUCCUUGUUCAGCAAGUAGAUAAAACAAAAGAAGUGACCACAACUGGUGUUUCUAAUUCUGAGGAGGGAAUUGAUGUGGGAACUCUGCUGAAAUCAACCUGUAAUACUUUUCUGAAGACCUUGGAAGAAUGCAUGCAGAUCGCAAAUGCAGCCUUCACCUCUGAACUUCUUUAUCGCACUCCUCCAGGAUCACCGCAACUGGCCAUGCUCAAAUCCAGCAAGAUGAAACAUCCGGUUGUACCAAUUCAUAACUCAUUGGAAAGGCAAAUGGAACUGAACAGUUGUGAAAAUGGAUCUUUAAAUAUGGAAAUAAAUGGUGAUGAAGAUAUCCUAAUGAAAAAUAAGAGCUCCUUGUAUUCAAAAUCUUCAGAGAUAGACUGCAGCAUAUCAAGUGAAGAAAAUACUGAGGAUAAUAUAACAGUCCAAGGUGAAAUAAUUAAGGAAAAUGGAGAGAAAAACCUGGGAAAUGACAACGACUUGGCACAGUCUGGAUCAGAUUCCUCAAGUUGCUCUCCAGAAUCCCUCUGGGAAGAAGGCAAAGAAGUUAUUCCAACUUUUUUUAGUACCAUGAACACCAGCUUUAGUGACAUUGAACUUCUGGAAGACAGUGGCAUUCCCACAGAAGCAUUCUUGGCAUCAUGUUAUGCUGUGGUUCCAGUAUUAGACAAACUUGGUCCUACAGUGUUUGCUCCUGUUAAGAUGGAUCUUGUUGGAAAUAUCAAGAAAGUAAAUCAGAAGUAUAUAACCAACAAGGAAGAAUUUACUACCCUCCAGAAGAUAGUGCUACAUGAAGUGGAGGCGGAUGUAGCUCAGGUUAGGAACUCAGCUACUGAAGCCCUCUUGUGGCUGAAGAGAGGUCUCAAAUUUUUAAAAGGGUUUUUGACAGAAGUGAAAAAUGGAGAAAAGGAUAUUCAGACAGCCCUGAAUAAUGCAUAUGGUAAAACAUUACGGCAACACCACGGCUGGGUAGUCCGAGGGGUUUUUGCGUUAGCUCUGAGGGCAGCUCCAUCCUAUGAAGAUUUUGUAGCUGCUUUAACCAUAAAGGAAGGUGACCACCAGAAAGAAGCUUUCAGUAUUGGAAUGCAGAGGGACCUCAGCCUUUACCUCCCUGCCAUGGAAAAGCAGUUGGCCAUACUGGACACUUUAUAUGAGCUUGGAAUGUGGCUGUGAUGGCUGGAACUCCAGAACCAUUGUGGACCAUGAGGACAACUCUGAGGAUAGAAGAUAGAUGCUAAGGACAACAGAGCAGAAAGAAGAGGCGCUCAUCCACUGAUUCAGGAAUGGCCAAAUAUGUCCUAAACUGCCCACCUCUAGAUUCUA